AAAGAAAAGGAACAGACUUUGCUGUGAAAAUGGCAUGAGAGUGGCACUUGCCAAGGUGAAAGCACGCAUAUCUGAACUGGUCUCUCAAAGGCAACAGCAGAAGUCACACUGAUUUGCAGACUUGUUGCAGAGGGAUCAUACCAGAGUGAAUUUCAAAGCUUCCCUGAUAACGCCUGCCUAGGCUUUUUGUCCAGUUUUCUCCUGUGAAAAAAACAAUGAGGAAACACGUUGCCCUCCUGCUCAUUCUUUUCCCCAUGUGUGGACAUCUGCUGAAUCUCAAGUUUUAUAAUGACCCUUACAAGUAUACCUGGGCAGAUGCAGAAGCAUUCUGCAGGGAGAACCACACUGACUUGGUCCGAGUGAGAACUGCAGAAGAGAAUACGGCUUUACAGUACUCUGGAUGGAUCGGUUUGUCCCGGAAGGAUGCAACAAGUCCAUGGAAAUGGUCCAGAGGAGGGGAAAUAACCAUCUUCACACAAUGGGAUGGUGGUGAACCAGAUCACAAUGAAAACUGUGUGAACAGAAAAAGCGACGGAAAAUGGGAAAGCAAGGGUUGUGGUGAAAAAAGAAAUUUCCUUUGUUAUGAGGAAAAGCUGAUUCUGGUAAAGGAGAAUAAGACAUGGGAGGAGGCAUUAGAACACUGCAGGUCUCUGAAUGGAGUGGUCACAGAAGAUCCAGCCUCUUCAUACUGGAACCACGACUAUGACCUGGUUACCCUGAUCACUCCAAAAGACUACACCACUGCACGAGAGAUUGCACAAAACGCUACCACUGAUGAGGUGUGGACAGGCCUGUGUAACCUGGCUGGUGAGUGGCUGUGGGUGGGUGGAGAAGAAAUGCAAUAUGAGGAUAUCCCAAAAUGCCCAACCGAGGGCCUCUGUGGCGUCCUCGAGAAGAACGGUACUGCACCCUACGGCAUAAGAAACUGCCAGCAGAAAAGGAACUUUCUCUGUUCGACAUUUAAUUAAGUACUGUACUUAAGUAAAAAAUUGAUAUAUCUGUACUUAACUUUCCAUCUUAUGACACUUUAGAUACAUGUGUGUCAAAGUAAAGAGGAAAAAUAAUCCAAAGCAGACUCCACAGACAAGAAGGAUUAAACACAAACAAACCUUUAUUCAGGUUUAUCAGUUAGUCCAAAAUUAGAAAUUCCAAGAAGAAUGGGAACAUGACAAACACUGCCAGUCAAAAGCUGUUGAGUUUGUUUGAGUAAUCUUACUUUCAUUCAUAAUGUAUGUUACAAAGAUAACAGUUAAUA